AUGGAGAGAAGGAAGGGAAGAGAUGGUGGUGAGGAGGUGAUAGAACAAGAGCCAGGCAGUGGGGCAUGGAAGCUAAAGCUAAGGAGGGAGAUUGGGCUGUGGAGUGCUGUGUCCCUGAUGGCUGGCUCUAUGAUCGGUUCUGGCAUCUUCAUGUCACCACAGGGGGUGUUGGUCAACAUGGGCAGCCCUGGGGCCAGUCUUAUAGUCUGGGCAGUCUGUGGUCUCCUGGCCAUGCUGGGCGCCCUAUGCUAUGCUGAACUGGGUUCCCUGGUUCCUGAAUCUGGGGGAGAUUAUGCCUAUAUCCUGCACACCUUUGGCUCCUUGCCAGCCUUCCUGGUCAUCUACAUGUUUGUACUGGUUGGCAGACCAGCUUCUAUUGCUGCUGUCUCUCUGAGCUUUGCUAAGUAUGCAGUGGCCCCCUUUUACCUGGGAUGUUCCUCACAGCCCCAAGUGGUGGUUAAGGGAGUCGCUGCCAUGGGUAUCUUGCUACUGAUGCUGGUCAACUGUUGGAGCUCGAGACUGUCCAUCAUACUGAUGAACGUGUGCACAGUGGCCAAAGUACUCUCAUUGCUGGUCAUCAUUGGAGGUGGGGCUGUGGUGCUGGGUGAGGGCCGUGGCCACACAGAAGUCUUUCUUCAUGCCUUCGACAACACAACGCAGCAGGCGGGGCACAUUGGCAUAGCCUUCUACCAGGGCCUGUGGUCCUUUGAUGGCUGGAAUAGCCUCAACUAUGUGAUGGAAGAGCUCAGGAAUCCACACCAGAAUUUGAUGUGGGCACUGAUGAUUGCUAUUCCCCUGGUCACUGUCCUAUACAUUCUAGUCAACAUCAGUUACUUGCUAGUGUUGUCGCCCAAUGAGAUCCUCUUCUCUGAUGCGACGGCUGUCAGCUGGGGGAACCAAGUUCUGGGAGCCUGGGCCUGGUUGGUGCCUGUGGCUGUUGUACUCUCGACAUUCGGUUCUGCAAAUGCAGCAUUCUUCAGUGGAAGCCGUUUGUGCUAUGUGGCUGGAAGAGAGGGCCACAUGCCCCAACUUCUGUCUAUGGUUCAUGUGCAUCACUUCACGCCAGCCCCAGCACUGAUGUUCACUGCUGCAGUGGCUUUGAUCCUGAUCAUCCCAGGAAACUUCAGCACCAUUGUGAACUUCUUAAGCCUCAUAGCCUGGCUCACCUAUGGAACCACCAUUAGCUGCCUCCUGUACUUGCGAAUGAAGGAUAAGAAUCUUCCCAGACCUUAUAAGGUUCCCACCUUCAUCCCUGUUAUCAUGUUCCUGGCUUGUGUCUACCUGGUGUUGGCACCUCUCAUUGAUCAUCCCCAGAUGGAGUUCUUUUAUAUCUUCCUGUUCAUGCUCAGUGGUUUCUUGGUGUACUUCCUAUUUAUCUAUUUCCAGAGGUACCCCAAGUGUUUGCAGACAGCUACUCUGCAUCUCCAGCUGCUCCUGGAAGUUGCUCCAACCACUAAAAAUGUUGGUUGA